CAAGGCUAGCCGAAGAUCAAUGGAAGGAGGUGUUCUCACAGCCAAAAGGCUGGAAGGGAAAGUGGCGGUGAUAACCGGCGGAGCCAGUGGAAUUGGAGAGAGCACAGCAAGGCUGUUCAUCCAUCACGGUGCUAAGGUCAUUAUAGCCGAUGUCCAAGAUGAUUUAGGCAACUCCCUCUGUCAAGAACUGGGCUCCAAUGAUCAAACCAUAAUCACCUUCGUCCAUUGCGAUGUGACCAAAGAAGACGAUGUCCGUAAUGCCGUCGACACGGCAGUCUCUAAGUAUGGAAAGCUCGACAUCAUGUUUAACAACGCCGGCAUCGUUGGCAACCUCAGCGGAUCAAUCUUAGAGGCCAACAACGAAGACUUCAAAAGAGUAUUGGAUGUGAACGUCAUUGGUGGACUCUUGGGAGCCAAGCACGCAGCGAGGGUGAUGAUCCCAUCCAAGAAGGGUACCAUACUCUUCACUUGCAGUGCAGUUUCUGUCUUGGUUGUAGGUGAUGCAUUACAUGCUUAUGUCGCAUCUAAGCACGCUGUGGUGGGAUUAACCAAGAGCUUAUGUGUGGAGUUGGGACAGUUUGGGAUCAGAGUGAAUUGCAUCUCUCCCUAUGGAGUUUUAACCCCAAUGUUAAGGAAAGGGUUUGAGACGAUGGAUGACACCAUGAUUGAAGGGAUUCUAUCACAAGCUUCCAACUUGAAAGGGGUGAAUCUUAAGGCAGAGGACAUAGCUCAGGCUGCUCUGUUCUUAGCUAGCGACGACUCUAAGUAUGUAAGUGGUCUUAAUCUUGUUGUGGAUGGGGGUUUCACUACCACUAAUCCAGCUCUCUUAAAUGCUGUCGUCACUGCCACGAAUCUCCCUAUGCCUCCUCAGUAAAGAUUUGAUCUUGUU